AUGGUUCUGGUAAUACGUGGAAGGAAGUUGAGACUAUUGCUCUUUGGUGCCGUGAUAUCUGUUGCGGUACUAGUGUUAACUAAGUCAUAUUCACCAAGUGUUUACCAAAGAAUAGAUCCGUUUAACUCUGAUCCGAAAGACGCGACAGAUCCAAACAAUGCUAAGGUGGAUGGAAAGCCAAUAGUCGUGGGUACAGUGGAUAAGAAGGCAUCACAUAAGUUCUGGGAAUUAGUCUUCACGAAUAUUGCUAGAAAUCAAAUCAAAGUCGAUGAUCCCAACGAAGCUAUCAGAUACCUACCCAGAGAGAAACAUAUGGAAGGGCUCUCCAAAGAAGCCUUACUAUCAAAGGCCGAGAUACUUCCAGAAACAAUCAAGGAAUUUAAAACGAAACACACAAACUACGUCAACUCAUUACCUGAAAAGUUGGACGCUUCACUUUAUGUUCCCGGUACCACAGGUAUCGUGAUGGUUGGUGGUGGACGAUUUUCGUGGCUAUCUUACCUAUCGUUAGUAAGUUUACGAGGAGCAGGGUCAAAUUUACCCGUGGAAAUAGUCAUGCCAACUUUAAUGGACUUUGAGAAUGAAAGAGAUUUUUGUGCUUCAACUCUUCCAGCUUUGAAUGCUAAAUGUGUUGUAUUACCUGAUAGUUUAGGUGCCACUGUGAUGACACGGUAUAAGUUUCAUAACUACCAGUUUAAAACGUUGGCUGUAUUAGUCUCCUCUUUCCAGAAUGUAUUGUUGUUGGAUUCUGACAAUGUAAUGGUUCAAAGUCCAGAUGCAUUCAUGAAUAGUAAGAUGUUCCAUGAAAAUGGUUUAAUAACUUGGCCAGAUUACUGGCAACGUACCAUAUCCCCUACUUUUUAUGAUAUUGCAGGGAUAAAAGUGAACGAAAGAAAGAGAGUCAGAUACAAUAGAUUCCCUCUUCAGGUUGAAUCUGACAAAGAUAACUUGUCUGAAGAAGAAGCGAAAACUGCGAACUUUCACGAGCUCGAAGGUUCCAUUCCAAAUUUGUCAACUGAAUCUGGUCAGCUUGCUGUCAACAAGGUUACACAUGGUAGGACGUUACUUUUAUCGUUGUAUUACAAUGUUUAUGGUCCUAAACUAUAUUAUAAGAUGUUAUCAUUAGGAGAACAAGGAGAAGGGGACAAGGAUACAUUUCUUGCUGCGGCAGUAAGGUUGGGAGAGCCCUUCUAUCAAAUUAAGUCAUACAUUAGAACUUGGGGUUACGCUGACGUUGAUGGGAAAUUCCAGGGGGUUGCCAUGGCCCAGAAAGACCCUAUGAAAGAUUUCGAAUUGCACCACGAGAAGAUUGUAAAGCCGCUUUCUAAAGGAGAGUUAUCUGGCAAACUGAUAGAUGAUCAAAUAUCCUACUUGAAGGAUAUCGGGAAGGAAGUUUUUGGCGAACAUAGUCAAUCUCCUAUUUGGACAGUUCACUGCAAUUAUCCUAAAUUGGACCCUCUUGACUAUAUACUGAAACCUUCCAUAUAUGAUGCUAAGGAAAAUAGAUUAAAAUAUCGAUUAUAUGGGACAUUAAAGUAUACCGCGUUAAAUAGAGCGGGACAAGAGGUUGAAGUUGACUUUGAAUUAGAACAAUGGAAGAAUAUGGAGAAGAUUAUUUGUAAAAACAAGAUAUCAUUUAUCCAUUUGUCAAAGUUCAAAGGGAACCUUUGUGAAUUUGUGAAGAAUCAAGUUGAAUGGUUGUCAAAGAAUCCCAUUAUGUCAAAUUAG